AUGGACGAUGAUGAAAAUGACCUUCCCGAGCACGCUAUAUCUAUGCGUUCAGCGUUGAGACAAUGUGUUGCAUUGAUCGAUGUUUUCCAGAAAGAUAGCAGUCGACAUCGUGUCAGGGUUCGCCGACAGACAAUCGAUUCAAUUGAAUCUCUGGAUGUGCAAAGAGACAAAGCUUACCAUCAGUUUUGGGACCGACUGCACACGCUAGACGAUAGUGAAGCACCUAUUCCAACACUUUCAGCUCGUGAUAUUUCUUCCCAUUACAAGUUUCGUCAAGACUAUCAUUUUCGGAACCUUCCUUGCUUAAUUCAAUAUGACGAGUCACCGAAUUGCUCCAAUCCGUUUGCUCGUGUUAAUGAGGAAUGGAGAACGAACGACCGACAGCAUAUAAACUCCCGAUGGUUUCUAGAUCAUGUUGGAACCGAAAUCCAAGUUCCAUUAAGGUAUUAUUCUAUGAGCGACGAAGCGACACUCGAUUCGGAAGGCCGGGCUGCAGAAUGUGAAACUCGCCAGGUAUCUAUGAGCGAGUGGACUGAUCUCUUGUCGAUGGAGCAACAAAAUCAUUCGUAUUACCUCAAGGAUUGGCACCUCGUCGCACUCUUACGGGAAAAGAAACAUACAAAGCCGUUGUAUACAUGCCCGAAAGUGUUCCAACAUGAUUUACUUAAUCCUUUCCUGACAGAGUUUACAAACGGGGACUAUAAAUUCUGCUAUUGGGGUCCAUCUUAUUCCAAAACUCUUCGACACUCAGAUGUCCUCCACUCCUUCUCGUGGAGCUAUAAUGUACACGGUACGAAGAAAUGGACAUUUUUCGGAGGAAGAGAUUGCAAUCAACAAUUCACUGUGAUUCAAAAGGCAGGUCAAGCAAUGUUUGUCCCAUGCACCUGGCAACACGAAGUGGAGAAUUCGGAAACAACUUUGUCCAUCAAUCACAACUGGAUCACGGUCGCAAACGUUGAUAAAACGCUCGGUUGCUUGCUGGUAGAACUGAGGGAGAUUCAUAGCGAACUAGAAGGGUGGGGUAUUUGCGAAACUGGUGACACUUUUCUCGAGGCUUCAGAGUCCAUGCUACGGGGCUGUGUGGGAUUGAACAUCACAUCAUUCUUUCUGAUGCUUCUUUGGCGAUUGUCACAACUGCUGAAAAGUUUCAAUGCACAAGAAGCCGUCGAAAGUGAUGAGGAAGCAGCCGCUGCUGAACAUGAGUUCGAAUGUUGCAGAAUAUCGAGAAUGAUUAAUAUGAUGGUGAACGAUGACAAGCUUCAAUUGGAAGGACGGUUGGAGGCCGCGACGUUGUCCAAGGAUUUAGCUUCAGAGGCGAUUAGAGUGGCAGCAGUAGCAGUCGGUUGCGUUUGCGAUGAGGACGGUCCACUUUGA